UGGUAACCACAUGGAGACGAUGCUAUAACAAAUGGCAGUACUGUGUUUUGCUUUAAAGUGUGCAUUUAUUCCACUGGCGAUGGAUCAUCUCAAGAGCUUGAAAAGUUCAGAACACGGGCGCGCUCUGGCCCGGCGGCGACCUUCGACACUUCCAUCCUUGCCCCAGGGGAGUGGGCGGCGCUGGUGCCGCGCGGGCAAACUUUAGCCUCGUUUAUUCGGCAGCAUUGCACGCGCUGCAUCUAAUUAAGCCUGAAUCGGCAAUUUACGAUUGCAGUUUCACCAGAACUCUGACCUGUAUCACAGCACCAUGGCUUCGAGAAAGCUGGGUAACCAGCACAUUCAAGUUUUUGUACGGUGCCGGCCCCCAAACUCGUUGGAGAAACGGAGUGACUUCAUUAAAGCUGUUGAAGUCGCACCUGAUAAGAAGGAGAUACGCGUUCAUGACAGAGUUGUUCCGGAGCAGAUCGCCAGCAAAUUGUUCGUCUUUGACAAAGUAUUUGGUCCUGAUGAAAAGCAGAUCGAUGUGUACCGGGCAGUCAUGGAGCCUACUAUAGCCGAGGUCAUGAUGGGCUACAACUGCACCGUAUUUGCGCCCCCAAACUCGUUGGAGAAACGGAGUGACUUCAUUAAAGCUGUUGAAGUCGCACCUGAUAAGAAGGAGAUACGCGUUCAUGACAGAGUUGUUCCGGAGCAGAUCGCCAGCAAAUUGUUCGUCUUUGACAAAGUAUUUGGUCCUGAUGAAAAGCAGAUCGAUGUGUACCGGGCAGUCAUGGAGCCUACUAUAGCCGAGGUCAUGAUGGGCUACAACUGCACCGUAUUUGCAUACGGCCAAACAGGUACCGGUAAGACCUACACUAUGGAAUGUAAAAGAUCAAACGCGAAUUUGAGCUGGGCAGACGACCCCUGGGCUGGUAUCAUCCCACGUACAGUGUAGCAGUUGUUUGAAGAGCAUCAUUCCCAGGACCAUCAAUUUACCAUCAAGGUGUCCUUCCUUGAGUUGUACAAUGAGGAGCUCUUUGACCUCCUCGGUGGCCACGAUAACAAAAAGCUGAAAAUCUUCAAUGACCCUUCAAAUAAGGGAUCUGUCAUAAUCUAGGGCCUAGAGGAGAUCAUGGUGCACAACUGUGAAGAAGUGUUCUUCAUACUCCAGGAGGCGAAUGCAAACUGUCAAACUGCGGCUACACUUCUUAACGCGACAUCUUCGCGUAGCCACACUGUCUUCUCGAUUACAGUUCACAUCCGCGAGACGACAGCGGAUGGUGAGGAGCUGCUGAAAACCGGCAAGCUCAACCUCGUUCACCUUGCGGGGAGCUAGAACAUUGGUCGCUCUGGGGCAAUUGACAGGAGAGCACGUGAAGCAAGUAACAUCAACCAGUCACUCCUUACGUUGGGUCGUGUCAUAACUGCCUUAAUGGACAAGGGACCACACGUUCCAUACAGGGCUUGAUUGGGUCAUUGAGAAGCUGGUCAACGCAUGUCCAACAAUGGGGCAGCAUUCCUCCUGCCCAACAACCUGUGCCUUGGCCGGACACAGAGGAGCCAUGGUCUAGGGUCCAUGUCAAUUUUGCAGGUCCUGUGGAAGGUGCGUGCAGCAGUGGCCAACCGCUGUGCAAGGACGUCUGGUUCAAGAACUACGGAGUGGGUGACAAAUGGAAACCAGGCUCGGUAGAGUCCACCUGAAGGCUCGCAAAUGCAACGGUAAAGACUGCAAAUGGGGAGCAAUAUCGCCGCCACCUUGACCAGCUAAAGACCAGGAAGACCAACGUGGGAGGAGAAGCGGUUGAACCCGAGGCCCCCAUGCAAGUACCAACGGCUAAAGGCAGCCAGAACGCGGCGGUAUACUCGCAGUCUCAAGUAGGCACCGACAUUUGAACGCCGUCGGACGGGCGGGCAGAAGCCGAGGGUGCUACCAGCGAGACUCUCGCAUGUGUAGAUGCACUGCGUAGGUCGAAACAGAAGCCCCGGCCCCCCGACCGCUCGACUCCCGGGGGAAGAAUUGUUAUGAAUCAGCAUGCGCCGCUGACAUGCGUUCAUAUUGCUAGAGUCACUGGCCACACCUCUUGUUAAUCGGCAGUGGCUGCGGUGAUGUCACAAGAUAAAGGCUAUAAAAGCUACAUUAACCUUUAAUAAAGCUGUUUGUUCUU